GCUCCAAGUGCAAAGAGGGGAUGCAGGGAGAGGGGAGAGGGGUGAAAGCCAUGAAAGACCACUGGCUCGACAAUUCGAUUAAAUAGAUCAUUGUAAACUGAAACAAUAUCAUGUAACUAAAAAAAAACAAAAAAACAACCCUCCCUCUCCCAAGCCAUUUCAAAUUCAAACUUUAGCACGUUUGUUUCAGUUUAACAUAUUUAAGGAUUUACCUAUCAACAAAUUAUGCGCGUAUACGACGAUUCUAGAGGUGUAACGCAAGGAAAGGAUCUCCUGUCUCCGUUUUACGCGUCAGUGGAGUUUGACAGAUGGAUUUAACAGAGAUUGAGCCGUUCGUUAUUGUUGAUUUUUAAAGUCACACCUGAAAGUUUGAUAAGUUAGUGGUAAUUGCAUUAAGCGCGAUGAGCGGAGGUCGCUUUGAGUUCGAUGAUGGCGGAGCUUAUUGUGGAGGCUGGGAGGGAGGUAAAGCGCACGGACACGGGAUCUGUACCGGACCUAAAGGACAAGGAGAGUUCUCCGGUUCCUGGAAUUACGGGUUUGAGGUGGUGGGAGUGUAUACCUGGCCGAGUGGAAACACUUACGAGGGGUAUUGGUCCCAAGGAAAGCGUCACGGUCUAGGUUUGGAGACCAAGGGACACUGGAUCUACAAGGGAGAGUGGACGCACGGAUUUAAAGGCAGAUACGGGACGCGCAUCAGUCAGGCCAGCGGUGCCAAGUACGAGGGCACUUGGAAUAACGGACUGCAGGAUGGUUACGGGACGGAGACUUACGCGGAUGGCGGUAGCUUCCAGGGCCAGUUCACUGGCGGCAUGCGACACGGCUAUGGAGUACGUCAGAGCGUUCCCUAUGGCAUGGCAGCAGUGGUGCGUUCUCCUCUGAGGAACUCUCUGAGCUCCCUGCGCAGUGAACACAGCAACGGGACUCUUCUGCAGCAGGACAUCCCGGUCAUCACCGCCACCAAUGCGUCCGGCCAGGAGACCCUGGUCAAUGCGCCCAUGCCUCUGGGCCCAUCUCGUGGCGGCUUCGCCCUCACCCUGCAAGUGAACCCAGAUAUGGUCAAGCCCAAGAAGAAAGGCCUCUUCCGGCGCGGCUCGCUUCUUGGCAAGCUGAAGAAGUCAGAUUCUCGCACGUCCCUCUCCAGCAAUAAGAGCAAGAUCAGCUUUUUGCGGACUGAGUCAGCUCUCAGCUCCGCCGCCAGCGAUGCCAACUCCACCAUCAGCCUGGGUGAGAGCGAAGGGGAAGGUGAAGGUCAUGAGUUUCCCCCGGUGGAGUCGGACAUUGACGCCACCACCACUGAAGUCUACAUGGGAGAGUGGAAAAACGACCAGCGCUCGGGUUAUGGGAUCAGUGAACGUUCUAGUGGGCUUAAAUAUGAGGGCGAAUGGCUGAACAACCAACGGCACGGUUAUGGGUGCACCACUUUCGCAGAGGGUGGCAAAGAAGAAGGCAAAUACGUUAACAACAUGCUGGUGAAGUCUGUGAAGAAGAAGGUGAUUCAGCUGAAGGGCGCUAAGAUCAAGCAGAAAGUGGAGUGCAGUGUGGAAGGAGCCCAGAGGGCAGCUGCCAUAGCCAAACAGAAGGCUGAAAUCGCCAACUCAAGAACAGCUCAUGCCAAAAGCAAAGGAGACACCGCAGACCAGGCCGCCAUAGCGGCUAACAAUGAGUCUAGUAUCGCCCGUGUGGUUGCCAGAGAGCUCUCUCCCUCCUUCCAUCAACCAGGUCCUGAGUAUAUGAAACAACGAGCCUUGCAGGAGAUUGCUGAGAGGAAUGAGAAUGCAGACACAGGGAUGCACGAGCCCUUGUUAGCUGAGGAUUCCCUACCAACACCCCCGGAGAGCCCCUUCAUGCAUGAGAUGGAAAGUUUAAGACCAAGCUCCACCUCUGCACGCACCCCCUCACCCACUGCAGUCAUCGUCCCUCAGGCACCCAGCAAGCAAGAUCCAAACCUCUUGAGCCCCGGCAGCUGGAACGGAGACAAGACCAGUCAGGGCAGUAGUAGUAGAGGUAGCAGUCGAGCAGGUAGUAGGCCAAGCAGUCGACCCACCACCCCGUCUUUCACUCCUGCCGUUGCUCCCACUUCAGAUGCCACUCCGGAGGAGCGUUCUGCUCCCAGCAGCAAGGUCCCAUCCCGUAGCCCUAGUCGACAGAGUGCCAAAGCUGAGCAGGGAUCGGACCUGGAAAUCAAAGCCCUGCAGAAAAUGGACUCAGAGUCAAGAGCAGCAGAACCUGCCCCUGCUGCUACACCAGUAAGAACCAACCUCGUCCUCACCACCGACGAAGAUGAACCACCUCCUCGCCCUGCCCCCAAGCUGUCCCCCAAAGUAGUCACGCCAGAGCCAAAGGCAGCUGUCAAACACAGAGCUGAAACAAGGGAGCCUGUAAAUGAGCGCCCAGCUUCGAUUACAGAAAGCAAGCCUGAGUCUAGGACAGAAGUCAGGGAGGAGAAGAAAUUAACUAACAGAAUUGAGCCUAAACCUUCACCGAAAAGAGAACCAAGCCCUGCCCCAAAAGCUGCACCAAAGCCUGAGCCCAAGUCAGUGCCUAAACCAGAACCUAAACCUGUGGUCAAGCCGAUUGCUAAACCAGUUACCAAGGUCGAGGUAAAAACUGAGACGAGGCAGAGGUCUAUUGUGAAAGCCCCUAGCGAAACGAGACAAGAGCCUCUGGAGCUAGAUGAGGGGCCAAACACGAUUAUGAUCUGCAUGGUUAUAUUCCUGAACAUUGGUUUGGCAAUUCUUUUCGUUCACAUCUUAUCUUGAGACGACAAAGCCAAAACCAUCCAGGUGAAAGAAACUACCUUGGGGAGCUGUGAGAAUGCACUGCGCUCCAUUAACGGCUCUGUUGUUGCGUUAUCCAGUUUCAGACCAGUCCUCCUGAGCUACUCUAAAGCUGGUUGCCAUCUGUAUUUGGACCGAGUGCUCCCAAAUGACCAGUGUGUCUCAGUACCUGAACAUUAUAGAAUAAAGCAUUUGUGCACAUUUGCUUUAUUUGUGGAAAGUACUGCUGCAUUUAACAGUUCUGCUGAAUUCUAAUGCAGGUGAAACUGAAUCAUCUAUAAGGGCUAAUUGUUAUGUAUGUUCACAAUCACGUCACAUAUCCUAUAGAGCAGAACAUGUCACUUGGCAUGUAGCAUUCAUCUUUGGAGAAUAAACAGAUAGUUAUGAUAUUACGAAAUGGGUCAAUCCUGUUUUUUCUUUUCAGUGCUAGAACAAACAUAAAAUCCCCCAGUACACUUAUACUUUAACACCAGGUAGUCAUGCAUCAUAAUCUCAGAUGCUGUGUGCAAAAUGUCUUAAAGUCUCCCCUGCAUGACAAAGAGCAACAUGGCUGAACAAUUAAAAUAUGUAGUUGCUAUAAAACCUUAUAGUAUUUUCCAUAACGAAAGUGUAAGUAUUCUACAAUAUAGUGGAAUACUUGCAACAAAAAGAUGACAAGAAAGUAGCAAUGAGAAUGUUCUAAUUAGAAAAUUAGAUCUAUGAAGAUGCUUGAUUUUAUUAAGCUAAAGCAUCCCUAUAGAGAUGGUCUCCACAAGUUGGUGUGAGAGUUUUUAAACAAGAGUCUAAAAAUACCACUAUUUAUUGAAUGGAAAAAGAAAAAAAAGAGGGGGGAAAUUAUGUUGUGGCUUACUAACUGUUGUACUGUGAAUUUGUGAUGGUUCUUCAGCCGUUUUUCUGCCUGUACUAGACAUAAAACAGUAUGCAAGAGAUUUGAGAAUGUUCAAACUUAUUGUGCAAAUGUACGUCCCAUAUUUUUAUGCAUGUGUGCACAUUUCAGUGUUUUUGUAAGCUUCUAAAUUAUGAACGUUAUCAGAAACAUUUCAUAGUUUUAGCUAAUUUAACCUUCAUAGAGUAGUGUAUUACCUCAAAUUUGAAAAGGUCUUACAGAAAAUAUUGUUAACUGUCCAAAAUGUUAUUUAUUGAAUAAAGGGGUUUUAACAUUGUAUCUAGAAUAACAAAUUAAGUUGAUUUUGAUUAGGUGUAUACAAGUCCUAAUUCACCCAAAAUAGAUAUUAGCCACUUGUUUCUUAUAGCUUUGAAAUCACUAGACAUGUAUGUGCUAUUUGCAACAUUAAAUGUUUAAACAAGUUCUUCAUCCAUAGUAUCUGUAAUAUUACUUUCAAAUGCAUUACAUUUAGCUAAUAAAUACAUAGUAUUCAGCAUGGUUGAUGCAUUGCAUUACUUGAGAUUUUCCUGCAAAUUUCCCUCUUCACAUGACUAAGUUUCUUGUGUUUCAGCACUCACAAUCAUGAAUGGAGUCAUUACAAUAAAAGAAAAUGCACCACACAAUUUAAAUAAAUGUUUUUCA